AUGGUGUUAGCUGCCUUUCUUCAGAGACCUUUACCUAAAUACACUUCCAUUUCUUUGACGCAUGACACUAACUAUACUGCAGGAGCCGUUCCGGAUGAGGAGGCUCGUCGCCCGCUCCCCCAAAGCACGUCUUCACCAGAGACAUUCCAACGGAUCAAGAAGUGGAUGGGGUUUGAUCUGAAAGAGCCGCCAGCACCUGUCCUUCUUGAUGCUCAACCCAGUCUUGCAACAAGCGCCCCCAAGACUACGUACUGGCACCGAGUAGUGGAGGGUUACAGCAAGCGUGUCCUCACCUAUCCGACUGACCAGCUCCCCGCCCUCUCCGGUCUCGCCAGGGAGAUGGCUCGGCUCUUCAAUAGUCGAAAGGACAGCAUCGCCAAUGAACAGGGAUGUCGCUACUAUGCGGGCUUAUGGGAAAACAGUUUUAUCAGAGACCUGUGCUGGGAAAAGACUGAUCCAGUCGGCCCCAGUGUCCUGAGCAGCUAUAUUGCGCCGUCGUGGUCCUGGACAAGUUUCCCACGUGCGGUGCGAAUCUUGUUCCAGUGGCCUGGGGAGUACCGAAGUCAUCCCCUCGCGCGCCUCGUCGACCUUCGCCUGAGCUACAUGAGCGACGAAAGUUAUGGUGCGGUAAAAGACGGGUGGGUGGUCCUCCGUGGCUACCUGAGACGCGUCGAGGACUAUUCCGAGGGCGACGCCUACCAUGGAGGUCUGCUGUCUGCUUCUGGCGCCAAGAGGAAUUAUUAAACAGAGACGGCCUCACUAUGCAUCGUCCCCGGGUGGGCUUGAGGGUGAUGAUAAUUCUGAAGGUGUGUUGCUGGAGUCACCAAAGGAUACCGACUCUCCAAAUGAGUGCCAGCGAGUAGGUAUUGCUGAGUGCUACGAAUGCGAUCCAGACCGGUGGGAUUCUUGGCUCGCCGAGGAGCUGGAGCGAGACGUUAUUGUUGGAUAGACGGGUCGAGGCCACGAAUUGAAGUGAAUGCGAUUUCCUUGUUCAUUUCUUCUCGAGCGCACAAGAUCAGGGUUGAUGAGGCG